AUGCAGUCAGAUAGCGAGGAGAGCUGGAUAGCUGCCAUUGAGAAUCAGUACAUGGAAGCAAUUGAGUCUGAGCCAAAUUUCGAGACUGAACUCAUCGCAGAGCGAGAUGCUGUUAUCAAGAAUGUGUGGAGAUCCUUCCAGGAGUCAGCUACAGCAGUGGCUCAGCUCUAUAAAGAUCGAACAAAUGGCAACGAUUCCGGACUACUCUGGUUGCCAUUUCAAACUGCUGCCGGAACGAUAACUACACUCUACAAAGACUCCACAGAAGGUCUCAGGAGAAUUGGCGAUGUUGCCGUGCAAUGUGGCUACCAAAGACGUAACAAAGAAAUCGCUGCCUGGGCCAAGAAGCGCCGAAGAAACAUCAGACGCGAAGAUCUCCUCUCCUACUUGGCUGGGAAACCACCACCGCCUCUUCAUGUAUCUCGAGCUUCCCAAUUGAGAUCAUCCCCAAAGCCAGAAGCACACAUUAACAAUCAUCACAAUCUAAUGCAACAUGGUGCAACACCCUUUGUGAGUCCUCAAUUGCCUCUGGCCAGCGAGCCUGAGAUGCACACGUUCAAAGAAGCCUUAGCAAGAAGAUCCAGGGGUCCUGAGCUUUAUGCGUUCGUUACCGGAGAAGUAGCCCGCCACUGUAAACGUCCGGCAAGUCCUUCACUAGAUGUCAAUAUGGAAGUUCAAUCCUUAAGCAGUAAACGACAGCGUUUCUUGUAGGGUUUUAGAAGAGAGUGAGGAGAUACACUCCACACCACAAAAGGUAACAUUAAAAGAAACUUUUUCUCCAAAAUUUUUCAAAUUCAAAAAGUAUAUGAUAGAGAAAAGUCAAAAGAAAAAAAAAACAUCAACACAAUUAAACUCUAAAAAAGAAUAUUAAAACAAAAAGAAACAAAUUCACUACACUGAAUCGAAAAUUCAAUUCUUUAAAAAAAGAAAACAUUUAGAAAUGAAGGAAGGAAGCUAAAAGUUGGAUAAAUUAUCGUAAUAAUUAUCUGUAUAAGAUUCCAAUAUUAUUUAUCAAAAAAAAAAAAUAAUAUUCUUGUACACCUUUUCCUCAAACUGUAAAUUUGGCAAUAUGAGUUUUUUUUGUCCUGGAGAUUUUUUUUAAAACUUGUUAUUGUGAUUUUUCUCUGUUGAUUCUUAUUUCUCCUGCAGUUAAUCACUUUUCCUCUUCACUUAAAAAAAAAGGAUAAAUGAAAUAGCGCAGAAAGGAUGAGUGACAAAAGAAAACGAUAACGCAAUAAUCUUAAUAUCGAGAUAUGCCUUUUUACAAUUUUCUACUAGAUUUCAGAGAAGAAAAAAACAAAUUGAAAGCGUUAAUGAGCAUUAUGCAAGUUGCAUCUCAUAGCCAAAUAAUGCAAAAAGUACAUUGAUAUCAAAGGGUAUAUAAUUUUAAGUGAAAACAAAUUGCAUAAUUUUUUUAGGCAGCAAAUAUUUUUGGAACAUUAUUUCUCAGAUUUUCUCAUUUUCUUGUGCAAGAAAAAAAAACCUAGAUUCAUGAGCGUAAUUUGAAGGAAUAGACUAUGUGUCUUGUCUUUUCUCUUUCAUAGUCCAAAAACGAUCAAUAUAUUGUAAAUUACAAAAAAUCACGUCAUUUUUGCCAAUUUAUUUAUGCUGCAUUAAAUUUUAUGAAUUGCAUGAGAAAUUGUUUCUCUGGCAUGGUAAACGUCAAUAAUUGUGAGAGAAUAUAUGCACAAUUUUAUCAACAAUGAGCAUCACAAAGAACAUAAAUGUUCAUGAAUCUAGACAAUUGAUAAAUUAUGUUGAAAAUAGGAAAAAUGAAGGUAUUUCAGUAAUGCAAAUUUUAAACUACAGGAUGUGCCAAAAUUAUCCAUAAUUUUCCUUUCGAUAAGUUAAAUAAAAAGAACACUGCUUUUCUAAAAGACUCCCAAUCCAUGUGAGCUAUUUUUAUUUAAAAAAUCAGUCAUUUCGCUUAUUGUCGAAAGGGCAUACAUUAUAUAAGUCUAACCACAAUAUUCAUUUGGAUCUGAUUAAAAUAGCCAAUAAUCAUUUUACAAAAUUUUUACUCAUAAAAUUUGUCAAAAGUUUGUGCAAAUAGGAACUUCAUGAAAUUCAACGAACCAGGAGUUUAAAUUAUCUUCCAACUCCAUUCUUAUUCGUAAAAAAUUCGACGGGAUCUCGUAUUUUCCAUUUGCCAUUUUGAGCAAAAAUUUUGAAUGAUUUUCCGCGAAGCGAAAAAAUAAUAGCAAAAUGUAUUUCCGUUUCUGUCGGGCUAUUUUUUCAAGCAAUUGAAAGACUAAAGUAACUAAAAAUCCAUUUCCGACAGCAAUUUAAAUAUCAAUUGUCCAGCAAUAAAUCAUCUAAAAUCACUCAGUUUGCGUAUGAUGUAUGAUACCAUGGUAAGGAGUGGGUUAAUAGUGUUUUCAAACUUGCUAUUUGUCAUCAACAUGCAAUAUUUGAAAAUUAAUAUUUAUUGAUCAUUUUGCCCAUUUACUACUAAAUCCCAGCGAGAGCUAAAUGCUAACCGAUUUCAAUUCAGCUUAAAACAGAUUUAUUUUUAGCUGAAUUCUGCUAACCUUAAAAUUUUACUUCCGAGGCAGCGUGAUUUCCAUAUAUUUGGUUAACACUUUGUUCGAGAACUCCUGACCAGAAAGCAUAUUUUUGCUGAUCGACUCAGCAAAAAAUUGCUGAAAACUCUGCUUUUUUCAGCUAACUGUGCUCGCUGGCAUCUGCUGCAGUCAAAUAUUAAUGACAAAAGCCAUUUGGUUUUUGGUCUAUUAUUUAGAUCUCAGAAAAUUUAUCUACUCUCUUCACCAAAAGAAAGCCAUUUAAAAAUUUUCUGUCUAUAAAAUAGUGAUACUAAUGCCACUUAGUGUUUUAAAUGCUUAUGUUGCAGUGCAAGAAAGACGACUAGGUACACUGAGAAAAAAAGAGGGUGCGAUUAACAUUUUUUCCUCAGAAAUUUAACGCUUUCUAGAUGUAAAAAUAUAUCAACAUUUUUUAAAGUUAAUUUUACACCUUUUUAAGGGUAAAAUUAACAUGAAAAAGGGUACCUUUAACCCCUAAUACACCUAAAAAGGGUAAUAUUUACACCGAUUUUGGAUCAAUACUGCAGGGUGAAAAUAAUAGUUCCGGAAUGUUAUUUUAACUUUUUCGGAUUUCUCUCAGUGUAGGUUCAAAAAAUACCUGCGAAUCAGCUUAAAAUCGAAUUUGCAUGCAUUUCAAGUUGGCUCACCUUAAGAAUCUUACCUACAAUAAGCUGCUCUAGACUUAUCACUCAUUUUUUUUAAACACGCAAAUAUAAUUUUUCAAUACUAUUUUUACCAAUGAUUGAUUUUCUAAGCACAUCCUGGCCCCAUCACAGUUAAAUCCUUAGGAAAAAAAUGAGGAAAAGAGAAAUAAAUGAUGCAAAAAUUUACUGCCUAAUUAAAUGCAAUAGUGUUGAGUUUACUAUUUUCUCGAUUUUUUUUUGAAUAAUUAUAAUAUCGCAUUACAUUUAAGAUAAAUAAUUGUUGUGUAUUUUUUUAACUUAAAUACAAGACACAUUUUCUUUGGGAGUUUUUUGUAAAUUAAUUUAUACAUUUAAAUUAAAAAGUAUAAAAUGGAUAAAAAAAAAUUAGUGUUAGGAUUUGACAUUAUACAUUGCAGAAGAAUUUUAAAAUGGAAAUGAGCUGAAAAAAUUGUAAAACUCAACAAUAAGUGAAAACAACAACAACAAUUGUAUCAAAAGAGAAUAAAAAGUCGUAUGUUUUAAGUCUCGAAAA